AACAUAAACACACACAAAAAUUUCCAAAUUUCAUAAUUCCAUUCUUCUAGAUCAUCAUCCCUGCCAAGAUCCACACACAUCAAAUUUAAUGAAUAUCAAUAAAGAGAUUUUCGGUUUAUAUAAUCUUUUCAAGGAAUUUUAAGUGUGUUUAUGGGCAAUACAUGCCGCGGAUCAUUUGGAGUAAAAGACAUUAACAAGUACAAACAACCCGAAAAUCGUUCAAGUUUCAAGAAACGUAUAUCAUCUAGGCAAGUUAACAACUUGAAUAGCCCUCAACAAUUUAUAGCCCAUCAAACUAACAAGAGUUUUAAUACUAAUCCCAAUCCUAAUCCGAAACCCCAAGUUGUUCCUGUAGAAGACGACAACAUGAACCGCCAUGGUGCUAACCAAGCUUACUAUGUUAUCGGUCAUAAAACUGCAAAUAUUCGUGAUCUUUACACAUUGGGCCAAAAAUUAGGCCAGGGUCAAUUUGGUACUACCUAUUUAUGCACCGAGAUUUCAACCGGUAUAGAUUAUGCUUGUAAGUCCAUUUCAAAGAGGAAGUUGAUUUCUAGAGAGGAUGUGGAGGAUGUGAGGAGGGAGAUUCAGAUAAUGCAUCAUUUGGCAGGUCACACGAAUAUUGUAACUAUUAAAGGUGCAUAUGAAGAUCCUUUAUAUGUUCACAUUGUUAUGGAGCUCUGCAAUGGUGGAGAAUUGUUUGAUAGGAUUAUUCAAAAGGGAAAUUAUAGUGAGAGGAAGGCUGCUGAAUUGAUAAAGAUCAUUGUUGGUGUUGUCCAAGCAUGCCAUUCACUUGGAGUUAUGCAUCGAGAUUUAAAACCGGAGAAUUUCUUGUUGGUUAACAAGGAUGAUGAUUUCUCACUCAAGGCGAUUGAUUUUGGACUUUCGGUUUUUUUCAAACCAGGUCAAAUUUUCACAGAUGUGGUUGGAAGUCCAUAUUAUGUUGCACCUGAAGUGUUGUUGAAGCAUUAUGGGCCUGAAGCAGAUGUAUGGACAGCUGGGGUCAUACUCUACAUACUUUUAAGCGGUGUACCUCCAUUUUGGGCUGAAACACAACAGGGGAUAUUUGAUGCAGUAUUGAAAGGCAAUUUAGACUUUGAAUCAGACCCAUGGCCUCUUAUAUCUGACAGUGCAAAAGAUAUUAUUAAGAAGAUGAUAUGUUCUCGGCCUUCAGAUCGGUUGACUGCUCAUGAAGUCCUCUGUCAUCCUUGGAUCUGUGAAAAUGGUGUUGCUCCUGACAGAGAAUUGGAUCCUGCAGUUCUUUCACGUCUGAAGCAGUUCUCUGCUAUGAAUAGGUUAAAGAAGAUGGCUCUGCGGGUUAUAGCCGAGAGCUUGUCAGAAGAAGAGAUUGCUGGUUUGAGGGAAAUGUUCAAGGCAAUGGAUACCGAUAAUAGUGGUGCAAUUACAUUUGAUGAGCUAAAAGCCGGUUUAAGAAAGUUUGGGUCAACAUUAAAGGAUACUGAAAUUAGAGACCUUAUGGAUGCGGCUGAUGUGGACAACAGUGGGACAAUCGACUAUGGAGAAUUUAUAGCAGCCACAAUUCACCUAAACAAACUGGAACGUGAAGAACACUUGGUUGCCGCGUUUCAGUAUUUUGACAAAGAUGGAAGUGGUUAUAUUACAGUUGAUGAACUUCAGCAGGCAUGUGCGGAUCAUCACAUGACUGAUAUCCUUGUGGAGGAUAUAAUUAAAGAAGUUGAUCAAGAUAAUGAUGGGAGGAUUGAUUAUGGGGAAUUUGUGGCUAUGAUGACUAAAGGAAAUGCAGGAGUCGGUAGACGAACGAUGAGAAAUAGUGUGAAUAUUAGCAUGAGAGAUUCACCGCGGGCUGUCUAGUUUUUCGUCCUUGGACUUGUGAAAAUGAUUUGAUCAAUUCUCCUUGUUAAUGUAUCUUUUGGAAUGAUUUUAGAGACUUAUGAAAAUUGUAGUCGUAUUUUCUUUAUUUUUCAUGGAGGUGAAGGAAAUGUUGUAAACUGGUACUUAAAACUGCUAAAGGUUUAUUUCAUUGAUGGUAACUAUUUUCAGUUGUAA